AUGAGUGCGCUCGUCUUCGUCGUUGCUCCGCUCGAGGCUAUUGCUGCCUCCAAGGAGGCUCAACGCAACAAACAAUUGGGCGAGCUGGCCACAAAGGCCCUUCAGGCCCUCAAGGAUGCCGGUUCCGACCUACCAGACCCCAAUGUCGUCUUCGCCCCUCUGCAGCUGGCGACAAAGUCUGGCAGCAGCACCUUGAUAAAUGCAGCCCUCGACUGCAUCCAGAAGCUCAUCUCAUCGGCAUACUUUUCACCCGAUGCCACCUCAAGCGGCAGCGCUCAGCAAGAUGGCGCCGAGCAGGCGCCCAUGAUCGAUAGAGCCAUCGACACCAUUUGCGAUUGUUUUCAAGGAGAGACCACACCUGUCGAUGUUCAGCGCCAUAUAAUACAAGCCCUGCUUGCCGCCGUCCUGAGCGACAAGAUCGUCGUCCACGGUGCGGGUCUUCUCAAGGCUGUUCGCCAGGUCUACAAUGUCUUCCUGCUUUCUCGCAGCACGGAGAACCAGCAGGCAGCGCAGGGUACCCUCACCCAAAUGGUUGGCAUGGUGUUUGAGCGUGUCAAGUCCAGAUUGCACAUGAAAGAGGCUCGGCUGGGCCUGAGCAAGCUUAAGCAUAGCUCCGGUAACCUUGCUGAAGAGCAGACUGAGUAUCGGCAACCCGGUGGCCCAUCAGCCCCCAACGAUGCCGAUGCCGACGCCGACAACGUUGGUGGGCUGGAUGAUGAAAGCGCAGCACCCGAAACUGUUUCGCCCGAUACAGCCCCUUCAGAAUCGAAUCCAGACAGCGAGGUGCACACUGGCGCGAAGUUGACACUCAAGGACCUGGAGCACCGCAAGAGCUUCGACGACUCCAAUCUCGGCGACGGGCCUACGAUGGUCACUCAACUCCGAACCAACGACAAGGCUGAUACCUCAGGGGCCUCGCCUCAGACACAGGGUGACGCCGGGCCGGACGACUCGCCCGAGGCGCUGGACGCCGAAGAUGAGGUCUACAUAAGGGAUGCAUAUCUUGUCUUCCGCUCCUUCUGCAACCUGUCUACCAAGGUUCUGCCACCAGACCAGCUCUACGACUUGCGCGGGCAGCCCAUGCGCUCCAAGCUCAUCUCUCUACACCUGAUCCGGACGCUGCUCAACAACAACAUCCUCGUUUUCACUUCACCACUCUGCACUAUUACCAAUACCAAGAAUAAUGAGCAGACAAGUUUCCUGCAAGCCAUCAAGUUUUACCUAUGCUUGAGCAUCACGAGAAAUGGUGCCAGCUCAGUGGACAAGGUCUUCGAAGUUACCUGUGAGAUAUUUUGGCUCAUGCUGAAAUUCAUGCGGGCGCCUUUCAAGAAAGAGAUAGAGGUCUUUCUCAACGAGAUCUACUUGGCGUUGCUGGCAAGGCGCACAGCGCCUAUCUCCCAGAAGCUGUAUUUCGUUGCUAUCCUUGGACGAUUUGCCGGAGAUCCGCGAGCCCUGGUCGAGACAUAUUUGAAUUAUGAUUGUGAUGGCCAUGUGGAUAACAUCUUCCAGACUGUCAUCGAGGAUCUCGCCAAGCUCGCCAGUGUUGGUGUACCGGUCUCGUCUGCACAGGAACAACUGUACGAAAAAAGUACAGCAAGUGCAGGCGCGUCCAUUGAGUGGCAGCUCAAGGGCGUGCUUCCGCCGCCCUUGAAUGUGAGAGACAUCGUGCCACCACCAGAGCUCGAGCCUGAGGUGCCAAAGGAAUACGCCCUCAAACGAAGUGCUCUUGAAUCAUUAGUGGAAGCCUUGCGAUCUCUGGUCAAUUGGUCUUCCGCAGGCCGUGCGGAUGUCAAUGGUGCUGCGGCUGAAGGAGAUGCUCGUGCUUCAAUGGAGGACAUUCGGGAAUCCAUUGACCCAUCGGGCGCUGACACCACGACACGAGAAACGCCUGUCGGUCCCUCGACGCCAAUGGCUGAGGAUGACCCGGAACAGCUGGAGAAGGAGAAGGCCCGGAAAACUGCCUUGGCGAAUGCGAUCCGGCAUUUCAAUUUCAAGCCAAAGAAGGGCAUGAAAAUCUUGAUUCAAGAAGGCUUCAUCCCGAGCGACAGCCCAGAAGACAUCGCAAAGUUUCUGAGACGCGAUGAUCGUCUUGAUAAGUCACAAAUCGGAGAAUUUCUUGGCGAAGGCGACACGAAGAACAUUGAAAUAAUGCACGCCUUUGUUGAUACGAUGGACUUCGCGAAGCAAAGAUUCGUCGAUGCGCUUCGCGGAUUCCUCCAGUCGUUUCGUCUGCCGGGCGAGGCACAAAAGAUUGAUCGAUUCAUGCUCAAGUUUGCCAAUCGCUAUGUAACGGGCAACCCGAAUGCCUACGCCAACGCCGAUACUGCUUACGUUCUUGCGUACUCCGUCAUCCUCCUCAACACAGAUCUCCACAGCGCCAAGAUGAAGGACAAGCGCAUGACAAAGGAUGACUUCAUCAAGAACAACCGGGGCAUCAACGACGGUGCUGAUUUGCCGCCGGAUUAUCUGAUCGCCAUCUACGACGAAAUUGCCAGCAAUGAGAUCGUGCUGAAGAGCGAGCGCGAUCUUGCGGCUGCUGCUGGUAUUUUGAACGCGUCUCAAUCUACUGGCUUUGCUGCGGGCCUCGGACAGGCACUGUCCAACGUCGGUAGGGAUCUUCAACGAGAAGCCUAUGUUCAGCAAUCGGAAGAGAUAUCUUUGCGCUCCGAGCAAUUAUUCAAAACCCUUUUCAAGAACCAGCGCAAGAACGCCGCCAAAUCUGGCAUCCGCUUCAUUCCAGCAACCUCCUCAAGACACGUCGGGGCUAUGUUUGACGUGGCUUGGAUGUCAAUUUUCUCGGCUUUGUCGAGUCAGAUACAAAAAGCACAAAACCUAGAGGUGAACAAGCUCUGUCUCGAAGGCAUGAAGCACGCUAUCAAGAUCGCUUGCAUGUUUGAGCUGUCUACUCCACGGGAAGCUUUCAUGACCGCCCUGAAAAACGCAGCCAAUCUCAACAACCCGCAAGAAAUUCUCGCGAAAAAUGUCGAAGCGCUCAGAGUUUUGCUCGAAUUGGGACAAACUGAGGGCAACUAUUUGCGGGAUUCCUGGAAAGAUAUACUGAUGUGUAUCAGUCAGCUAGACCGGCUGCAACUCAUCACUGGCGGUGUGGACGAGGGCUCGAUCCCCGACGUCUCGAAGGCUCGAUUCAUUCCUCUUGAGAGAACCAACACCAGUGACUCGCGCAAGUCGACUGCAUCAUCACGUCGUACCACUGCUGGUACUAGAGGGUUUUCUAUGGAAAUUGCGCUUGAAAGCAGGUCUGACGAGAUGAUCAAAAGCGUCGAUCGCAUCUUCAGCAAUACUGCUAAUCUUAGCGGUGAGGCAAUUGUCCACUUUGCCAAAGCCCUCACUGAGGUCAGCUGGGACGAGAUCAAAGUUUCAGGGAGCAAUGACUCCCCAAGAACGUACAGUUUGCAAAAGAUCGUCGAGAUCAGUUACUACAACAUGACUCGUGUGCGCUUCGAGUGGGCCAACAUCUGGGCCGUCCUGGGUGAGCACUUCAACAAGGUUGGGUGCCAUGUAAACACAGCAAUCGUCUUCUUCGCCCUUGAUUCCCUCCGACAACUCUCGAUGAGGUUCAUGGAGAUCGAGGAACUUCCCGGGUUCAAAUUCCAGAAGGACUUCCUCAAGCCAUUUGAGCAUGUCAUGGCAAACUCCACGAAUAUCACAGUGAAGGAUAUGGCUUUGCGAUGCCUCAUCCAGAUGAUCCAGGCUCGUGGCGAGAACAUCCGAUCCGGCUGGAGAACAAUGUUCGGUGUGUUCACGGUCGCGGCGCGGGAUCCGAACGAGGCUAUUGUGAAUCUAGCGUAUGAGAAUGUCAAUCUCGUCUACAAGACGCGUUUUGGCGUUGUUAUCUCACAAGGCGCGUUCACGGAUCUGAUUGUGUGUCUUACAGAGUUCUCCAAGAACAUCAGAUUUCAAAAGAAGAGCCUGCAGGCAAUGGAAACGCUCAAGUCCAUCAUACCUCGCAUGCUGAAGACACCAGAGUGUCCACUUUCCCACAAGAAGGACGCGCUUUCGGCAGACGCAACGAAUGCGACAAAUUCUGCUGAUGUGCUUUCCAGAAAGAAAGCAGGAACAUCUGUCGAAGAAGGCUACUGGUUCCCGAUUCUGUUCGCGUUCCAUGAUGUCCUCAUGACGGGCGAAGACCUUGAGGUGCGCUCGAAUGCGCUCAACUAUUUCUUUGAAGCGCUCUUGCGGUACGGCGGAGACUUUCCGCCAGAGUUCUGGGACAUACUAUGGAGGCAGCAGCUUUAUCCCAUCUUCAUGGUCCUGCGGUCACGACCAGAGAUGACCAAUGCCCUCAAUCAUGAGGAGCUGUCCGUGUGGUUGUCAACCACGAUGAUCCAGGCUCUGCGCAACAUGAUCGUUCUGUUCACGCACUAUUUUGACGCCCUGGAGUACAUGCUCGAUCGAUUCCUGGAGCUUCUUGCGCUCUGUAUCUGCCAGGAGAAUGAUACGAUCGCGAGAAUAGGCAGCAAUUGUUUGCAGCAACUGAUCCUGCAGAACGUGACCAAGUUCAACGAGUCUCACUGGGCCAAGAUUGUUGGCGCUUUCUGUGAACUCUACGAGAGGACUACGGCAUACCAACUGUUUUCGGCCGCGACCACCAACGCUGCACCUGCGGCUCUGUCACCGCCUCCCAAUGGUCUUGGGUUUGACUUGCCAACAUCGCCCACCCAUGAAACAGUCCCUGACGAGAAAUCCGGUUCCGUAAACGGUGCUGGUGCAGCAGAGCCUACAGAUCCUUCACCAGCGGGUGCAGUACCCUCGACAAGCCCAGCCCUACACAUUGAGGCUUCCGGUCAAGCAAUAGCUCAACAGCAGCUAGAGGAUUACAGACCGGCUUCUUCUUUGCAGCAGCAACCGAUCGUCGUGACAGCUGCACGAAGACGUUUCUUCAAUCGCAUCAUUUCUCGGUGUGUGCUGCAGCUGCUUAUGAUCGAGACUGUGAAUGAGCUAUUUUCGAACGACACAGUCUACGACCAAAUCCCUUCCACCGAACUGCUGCGCCUGAUGGCUCUUCUGAAGAAGUCGUUCCUCUUUGCCCGUCGUUUCAACAAUGACAAAGAGCUAAGAAUGCGUCUAUGGCGUGAAGGCUUCAUGAAACAACCACCGAACCUUCUCAAGCAGGAAAGCGGUGCCGCAGCGACAUACAUCCAAAUCCUCUUCCGCAUGUUCGCAGACACAUCGCCGUCUCGGGCCGACAGUCGUCCUGAGGUGGAGAAAGCUUUGAUUCCACUGUGCAAGGAUGUCAUCAAGGGAUACAUCGCCUUGGAGGAGGAAUCUCAACAACGCAAUAUUGUCGCAUGGCGGCCUGUGGUCGUAGAUGUUUUGGAGGGCUAUACGACAUGGCCCGACAAGGAGUUUGCGGAGCAUGUCAGGGCGUUCUACCCGCUCGUAGUAGAAUUGCUCGGAAAAGAGGUUAGCCCUGAGCUGAGAGCCGCCCUUCUAAGUGUUCUUAGACGUGUCGGAGAGGUUGGUCUUGGCAUCGAAGGCAUGAGCCAGCGUCGUCGAGACAGCAUAAUCAGUAACACAACCACCGAACAACCUCUCCCAGUCGCAGCGGCUGGCAGUACGGACGGCGAGGAGGCAGGCGAAGUAGGCACUGUCAUGCCGGACAGUACAGUCUGA